GGUAUAACACUGACCAGCACUGCUGAAUCUCCAUAAGCCCCAAGUGUCCGUAGCCAUAGGUAAAUUAGGACUUCAUGAGCAACAACAUAUGCCGCAAAGAGGAGCAUUCGGGCUUCAAUACUUCACCUGGUGGUAACCUGUCACGAUCUAAUCCAAGCAUCUCUUUCUCGUGGUUGAUUCAAUCAUAAGUUCAUGCGUCAUAAGUGAUUUUGGAUUUCCAAUCUUAUUUGUUUGUGUUAAUUUCAAAUGCAUUAUUUAUGUGGAGCAAAUUUUACCUUGAACUUAAGAAUUGAAAAUCUAUGUAUCCCUUUUUUUUAUCAUCAAAAAGUAAGUUGCUGAAAGGAUUGAGCCUGCAAAGACAUUUUUUUAUCUAUAAAAAAGGCCGGAAAAGGCCAGCCAAAGCCCAACAGCACCCUUUACGGAUCUGAAGAGCCAAAAUUUUGUCCAUCUUAUGAUCUGAUCUAACUUCCCAAAUCUCCCAACAGCCAGACGCAUUCCGUCCCAUCUCAUUGCCAACUAGUUCAAGUGACUCCAAUAAUUUUAUAAUCCUAGAUUUUCCCUGAUCUUUGCACCUUCCACCCCAUUUCCUCUCAUAUCAUUGGUAAACAAAUCAAAUCUACGUCAGCAUCAAAACAUGCCAAAUCAGCAGACACUUUCAUAAUCCAAAGGAAAAAAAAGGGACAAAAUUAUUUCCAUUUUCCCACAAUCCAAGCUCCCCGAAGUGCUAUCCAAUCAUGGACCAGCAAUCUUCUUCCUCCUCCUUUACCACCAGCACCAGCGCUACUCCUCUCCUCCCGCGCCACCGGUCAUGGUGGUCUCAUCAUUUCCACAUAAAAAACACGCUCUCCUCCGAAUUAUCAGGAGCAGUAGGAGACUUGGGCACUUUUAUCCCAAUAGUCCUAACCCUUACCUUGGUCUCCCAUUUAGAUCUGUCCACAACUCUCAUCUUUACUGCUCUUUACAACAUAAUCACAGGCCUACUCUUCCACAUCCCCAUGCCUGUCCAACCCAUGAAAUCCAUAGCUGCCGUCGCCGUCUCCGAAACCCCACAUCUUACCACCUCGCAAAUCGCGACUGCUGGUGCUUCCACUGCCGCCGUCCUCCUCCUCCUCGGGGCUACCGGUCUGAUGUCGAUUCUUUACCGUAUCCUCCCUCUCCCUGUUGUCCGUGGGGUCCAGCUCUCUCAAGGCCUCUCCUUUGCCUUCUCAGCCAUCAAGUAUAUCCGCUACAAUCAGGAUUUCGUAGCUUCUAAAUCUACCACCCCACGGGCUUGGUUGGGCUUUGAUGGUCUUGUUUUGGCCCUUUCAAGUCUUCUCUUUUUAGUAAUCUUCACAGGUUCUGGUGAUUAUCACAACGGAAAUGAAUCUGAUGACAACGAGCCUCGUCGCAGAAGCUCAAAGAGGUUGAGAAUUAUGGGUUCAAUUCCAGCUGCUUUGAUAGUGUUUUUAUUUGGGUUAGUUUUAUGCUUUAUACGCGAUCCUUCGAUUUUUAAUGAUAUUAAGUUUGGUCCAUCAAAGAUUGGAUUUCUGAGUAUUACCUGGGAAGAUUGGAAAGUUGGGUUUCUGAAAGGAGCUGUGCCACAAAUUCCAUUGUCCAUAUUGAAUUCAGUUAUUGCAGUUUGCAAGCUGUCUGGUGAUUUGUUUCCAGACAGGGAACUGUCUGCUGCUAAGGUUUCUGUGAGUGUUGGGGUUAUGAAUUUGGUGGGCUGUUGGUUUGGGGCAAUGCCAGUUUGUCAUGGUGCUGGUGGGUUAGCUGGUCAGUAUAGGUUUGGGGCAAGGAGUGGAUGGUCAGUGGUCUUUUUGGGGAUUGGGAAGUUGGUGAUUGGGAUGGUGUUUGGAAACUCUUUUGUUAGGAUUUUGAGUCAGUUUCCUAUAGGGAUUCUUGGAGUACUUUUAUUGUUUGCUGGCAUUGAGUUGGCUAUGGCCUCUAGGGAUAUGAACUCAAAGGAGGAGUCUUUUGUUAUGUUGGUUUGUGCUGCUGUUUCUUUGACUGGUUCUAGUGCUGCGUUGGGGUUUGUGUGUGGGAUUUUGCUGUUUUUAUUGCUGAAGCUAAGGAAAAUGGAGUGUUCUGGUUCUUGUUUUAGCAAAUUCAAGUUUGGCUCUGCCAUUGAUGAUGAAACUAGUUUAAUUCCUUAAAGCUGCACUUAUAUCAGCUAAAUGCUCGAUACUGGAUAACGAGGCAAUGUAGGAUAAGUUGCACUCUAAAAUGUAAGUACAAUAUUUAUUGUUGAUUUCUAUGCUGAUUAAAUUAUGAUGGUAUCUUUAUCAGCAGAUUUUAUGUAUUAUUAUACUACCAGAAUCAUAUGAUAGAAGAUAAUCCUCUUGGAUAUACCAAAUUCUGGCUUAGCAGUUUGUACAUGAUUUUAUCAGUGCAUGUUGUGGAAUGUAUUCUUCCUAUUCUGUUGCUACAGUAAUUGGACUUGAUGUAUCUUGCUCCUUGGCAAACUAGUUAUAAUAAAUCUCGUUCUUGUA